CUACACUUGCACCUAUGCUUCUGAAUGGCUGUAGUCGACCGUUGUGAAUACUGCUGCCUCCACGCCAUUCGAGACUGCUUUGUACCUUAGGGGACGCAUCGCAGUCUGUAACCCUAACCCUAGAUCUUGGCGUCCCCGUCAUCACCCUUGAAAGCUCAAACCUGCCACUCUACCUCGCUCAUCCACUCCCUCUUCAUCGUGCAAGAGUCCCAGCAUCCCGGACGGUGGCCCGAAAGCACUUAUCAGGAUGGCGAAGAAGGAGUCAUUGUUCCGCUCGGCGGACAUGACGCUGACGCAGCUCUAUGUGGCCAACGAAAUCGGACGCGAGGUUGUCUCUGCGCUGGGAGAGCUGGGUGCCAUGCAGUUCCGAGACCUCAACCCCAACACCACCGCCUUUCAGCGCACCUUCACGCAAGAGAUCCGCCGCCUGGACAACGUGGAGCGUCAGCUCAACUACUUUCGUACGCAGAUUGAGAAGAACGGUAUCGAGAUGCGACCCAUCUACGAGUUCAGCAACACAAUGGCUGCACCGACCGCCACCGAGAUUGACGAGCUGGCGGAUAGAAGUCAAAGUCUGGAGCAGCGCAUUCAAAGCCUCAACGAGAGCUACGAGACGCUCAAGAAGCGCGAGAGCGAGCUUACCGAGUGGCGAUGGGUACUUCGCGAGGCUGGAGGCUUCUUCGACCGGGCUCGUGGGCAGACGGAGGAAAUCCGGCAGUCGCUCGAAUCGACGGACGAUGCCCCGCUCCUCCGAGACGUCGAGCAGCAGGCCAACGGCGCUUCCGAGGGUGGCCAGCAACAGAGUUUCAGUGUGAUGAACAUUGGCUUUGUGGCCGGCGUCAUCCCCCGAGAGCGCAUGGGAGCUUUUGAGCGCAUUCUAUGGCGAACCCUUCGUGGCAAUCUCUACAUGAAUCAGUCCGAAAUCGCCGACCCCAUCAUCGACCCGGAAAAGAAUGAGGAGGUGAACAAAAACGUGUUCGUCAUCUUUGCCCACGGGAAAGAGAUCAUCGCAAAGAUCCGCAAGAUUUCGGAAAGCUUGGGCGCGGACAUAUACAGUGUGGAUGAGAACAGCGAGCUGCGGAGGGACCAGAUCCACGAAGUCAACAGCCGUCUGCAAGAUCUCUCCAACGUCCUCGGCAACACCAAGCGCACUCUGGACGCCGAACUUACACAGAUCGGUCGGUCGUUGGCCGCGUGGUUGAUUGUUGUCAAGAAAGAGAAGAGCGUCUAUCAGACCUUGAAUCGCUUCUCCUACGAUCCCGCCCGCAAGACUCUCGUGGCCGAAGCGUGGUGUCCCACCAACAUGCUAGGCCUGGUCAAAUCCACCCUCCAGGACGUCAACGAGCGUGCUGGUCUUUCCGUCCCCACGAUUGUCAAUCAGAUCAAGACCACCAAAACACCGCCUACCUACAACAAGACCAACAGGUUCACUCUUGGUUUCCAAACCAUCAUCGAUGCAUAUGGUACAGCGAAGUAUCAAGAAGUCAACCCCGGCCUGCCAACAAUCGUCACUUUCCCCUUCCUGUUCGCCGUCAUGUUUGGUGACUUUGGUCACGGAGCAAUCAUGACUAUGGCAGCCGCGGCGAUGAUCUACUGGGAGAAGCCCCUACAACGAGGCAAGCAGGACGAACUGUUCGGCAUGGCGUUUUACGGGCGUUACAUCAUGCUGAUGAUGGGCAUCUACUCCAUGUACACGGGCAUCAUCUACUGCGAUGCAUUCUCAAAGGAGCUGAGCCUCUUCCCGAGUAUGUGGCAGUGGGACUUUCCGGAUAACUACAAUCCCGAUGAUCCAACAACUGUCAAGGCCACGAGGGUGGAGGGAUACACCUACCCGUUUGGCCUGGAUUGGAGGUGGCAUGAUGCGUCGAAUGAUUUGCUCUUCAGCAAUUCAUACAAGAUGAAGUUGUCCAUUCUUCUUGGCUGGGCACAUAUGACAUACUCGCUCUGCCUGUCCUACAUCAACGCGCGCUUCUUCAAGACUCCCAUCGAUAUUUGGGGCAACUUCAUUCCCGGCAUGAUCUUCUUCCAGGGCAUCUUCGGCUACCUCGUCUUCGCAAUCAUCUUCAAAUGGAGCACCGACUGGUACGCAAUCGGGGAGAAUCCACCCAGUCUAUUGAACAUGCUCAUCUAUAUGUUCUUGCAACCCGGCACGAUUAGUGACGAUGUGCGACUGUAUUCCGGCCAAGGCGGCGUACAAGUGGUCCUGGUGCUCCUCGCGGUCUCGAUGGUGCCCGUCAUGCUCUUCCUCAAGCCGUUCUACCUACGGUACGAGCACAACAAAGCGCGUGCGCAAGGCUACCGCGGGAUCGGUGAGACGACGACCGUGUCGGCCUUGGAGGAUGAUGACGAGCCACGGACUUCCGGAGGUGACGGACAACCCAACGGACGGGCAUCAUUCGAGUCGGACAUGGACGGUGGGGCAGUGAUCACUCAAGCUCUCGGUGACUCGGAACACGAAGAAUUCGAGUUCAGCGAGGUCAUGAUCCACCAAGUCAUCCACACCAUCGAAUUCUGCCUCAACUGCGUAUCGCAUACGGCCUCGUACCUCCGCCUCUGGGCAUUGUCCCUGGCUCAUCAGCAACUAUCCAAAGUGCUGUGGGACAUGACUCUCAACAACGCCUUCGGCUUCGACGGGCCCCUCGGCAUCUUUAUGAUCUUUUGCUUCUUCGCCGUCUGGUUCGCGCUCACGAUUGCGGUGCUGGUGGUGAUGGAGGGCACCAGCGCAAUGUUGCAUUCCCUACGUUUGCACUGGGUCGAGGCAAUGAGCAAGCACUUUAUCGGCGAUGGUGUGACUUUUGAGCCGUUCAGUUUUAAGAUCAUGCUGGAGGAUGAGAUGACGGAGUUGAAGUAACACCUAUGUAUGCGCGGAGUGUGAAUAGAAGUGUACAAAAGAGGAUCCUACGGUGUCCUUGACCGACUGCCUCUGUAUGUCAUCGAUGAUGCCAGUAUUACCUACAUGUACCGUCGACAAGCAUGGGGAGGAGAGGAAGCGGCACGCUGGCAGGACAACUGCACUCGCGGGAGGUGUCGUUGGAAGCGAGGUCGAUCAGCC